AUGUCUGAUUCAGAAAUGAUUGACUGUGAAAAACUAAAAAACAAAAAAUGUAAACGUAUGUGUUCCUACAGACAAGAAUGGGAGCAAUCGUAUCCUUUUUUAAAAAGAGUUGAUACAAAUGUUCAUAAAGCUUUUUGCAACGUGUGUAUGAAAUCAUUUAUGAUAUCGCAUGGAGGUUUGAAUGACGUUAAACGGCAUAUUAGCGUUCCGGAACACCUACGGGGAGAAAGAGCUCGAAAGAAUACUCAAACUUUACAACAGUUUUUAAAGCGUGAUGUAUUGACAACAGUCGAGGAAAAAGUGAUUGCUGCAGAGUUGACAAAUGUUUACCAUAGCUUGAACCAUAACAUGUCGUAUAAUUCUAUUGACUGCGAUUCAAAGCUAAGUCCCGUGAUAUUUAAUGAUUCUCAAAUUGCAUCAAAAAUAUCGCUUGGUAGAACUAAGGCGUCAUGUUUAAUUUACAACGUUCUGGCUCCAGCAUCAAUCGAAGAAAUUGUGGAAAAACUGAGAUUAGGCGUGUUUUAUAGUAUUUCGACAGAUGCGUCAAAUCACGGACAUAUAAAAUUAUUUCCAAUUAUUGUCAGAUUUUACUCGCCAGAUAAUGGAAUUAGCACCUGCCUGCUUGAUUUUUAUGAGGACCCAGAUGAAAAAGCUAUCGAUAUUUAUAGUAAUAUAAAAAAUAGAAUUAAAGCGCUGGGCCUAGAUUUCACAAAUGUAUCUGCUUACUCAGCCGACAACGCCAAUGUUAAUUUUGGAAAAAAUAAUUCAGUUUACAAACUACUUUUUCAAGAUAAUGCCAACAUCUUGCCUGCAGGGUGUUCAGCACACAUGGUACACAAUGUCAUCCGUCAUGCUAUGGAAAAGUGUGAGUUUGACGUGGAAAAUUUGGUACUUAAAGUGUAUGGGCACUUAUCCUACCAUGCCCAAAGAGUACAAACUCUAAAAGAACAUUUUGCUGAUGCUGGAAUAGAAUACCAAAAUAUUAUAAGACACGUCAAAACGAGGUGGCUAUCAUUGCAUCCCGCUAUUGGAAAAAUUCUACCCGGAUUUCCAGCGUUGAAGUCUUAUUUUAUGUCUCUUGGAGAUAACUGUCCAGUGGCAUUAGGAAAAUAUUUUAAUGAAAACCACGCAAAAAAAACAGAAUGUUUUCUUGGAUUUCUAGAUAAUACUUUAAAAAUAUUUCAGAAUGUCAUCAUGUUUUUGGAAAAAGAUAAUGCUUUAUCUUGUGAAACUUUUAACAUCUCAACAGAUUUACGCUUAAAAAUAGAACAAAGAAUCAACGACAAAUUCUUUGGAUUUAUUUGUACAAAUUCCCUGACUAGUUUUUCAAUUGAUGAACAAGAAUCCAUAAAAAUUGUUUUGGUUACAUGGUACAAAAAUGCAUUGAAAUAUCUGGACGAUCACUUUAAUUUUUCGGAAGAUAAUAAUUUGGCUACAAUGCGAAUGUUUGCUUUGGAAAAUACAUUUAUCUACAAGGAUCUCUCUAUGUGUUGUGAAAAAUUAUCACUCACCAAACUCAUAGAUAUGGACGAACUUUAUAAUGAGUUUUGCAGUAUUAAAGAAACUCUGGAUAAAAUUAUUGAGGAGCGUAAGCAAACACAUUCGUCUAAUGAAAAAAAAACUAUUUAUGAAACUUGGCAUGAACUGUUUCGGCAUUUGAAUAUACCGAACUUAUUAAAGAUUUUCCAGUUUAUUGUGUCUAUUCCAUGUUCAAAUGCCGCUGCUGAGAGGGCAUUUUCACUUUGCGGAAACGCCUGGACUGAUUCAAGAAAUAGACUGAGUGUUGAACACGUAAAGGCAGAACUGCAAGUAAAAAUUAAUUUUCAGUACAAUUGCAAAGAUUUUUAUGACUAUGUUAUUAAAAAUAAAAAAUUGCUCAAAUGUGACAAAUCACAAGAAAAAGUACUCUUUCAAAAAUAA